GAACGAAUGAGGUGGGUCUUUUUGAAGGGGAUCUUCAGGGCCUUCCACACCAAAAGAACUCCUCCGCCAUCGUCACAGCUCGAGCUGACGACGAAGAAGAACAGCCGCGAUGCGAAAGAGGUGCUCGAGAAUUACGACAGUUUGAAGAAGCAGGGAGUGAAGCCCAGCAUUUCUCUCAUUGUCUCGGCAUUGAAGGCAUGCAGCGGUUUGAAAGACUUGAAGAAGGGCAUGAGGAUCCAUUCGGAGAUCAUAAGCAGUGGUAACGAUGGAAACAUCUUCGUUCAGAGCACACUCGUGGACAUGUAUUCCAAGUGUGGAAGCAUGGCUGAUGCCCGGCGGGUUUUCAACUCCAUGUGUCAUCCCAACGUUGUAUCCUGGACGGUGAUCAUCUCGGGGUACGUUCAGUGUGGAGAGCCGGAGACUUCUCUCAAGCUUUUCGAGCUCAUGCAGGAGAAAGGUGUGUCGCCUAACGAGCGAACAUACGUUGCUGCGAUCAGAGCCUGCUCUAGCCUUGGUACUCGAGAGGACGGAAAACAGGCUGAUGGGAAAGUCACAAAGGCUGCUAGCUUGGAGACAGGCCGGUUGAUACAUUCCCAGCUUGCGAGCAAAGGCUACGAGCGUGACGCUUUUGUUGCGAGCUCUCUCGUGGAUAUGUACUCCAAGUGUGGAAGUAUGGAGGAUGCACGGAAUGUCUUCGACAAGAUGACAAGGUGGGACUUGAUAUCGUGGACUGCAGUGAUUUUGGGCUAUUCUCGAAGCGGUGAUGGAGGACAGGCUCUGGAUUUAUUCUCGAGGAUGCAAGACGAAGGCUUUGUGCCAGAUCCUCGAACGUUUCUGGCUGCUAUCAACGCAUGCACUAGCCUUGCGGCCAAGGAAGUGGGGAAACAGGUUCAAGGAAAGCUCGUGAAAGUCGAGUGUUUGGCUAGAGGCACUACCAUCCAUUCUCAGCUUUCAAAAUUUGGACAUGACCGGUCUGAUCUAUUCGUGGCGAGUGGCUUGGUGGACAUGUACGCUAAGUGUGGCAGCAUGGUGGAUUCCCGGCGAGUUUUCGAGGCGAUGAAGCAGCGUAGCCUGGUGUCAUGGACUUCGAUCAUACUUGGCUACGCUCAGAGUGGAGAGCAACCAGAGCUGGCUCUCGAUUUGUUUACUCGGAUGCAAGCGGAAGGUUUUCAGCCCAAUGCUCGGACUUUCGUCGCUGCUUUGAAGGCCUGCUCAAGCUUGGGUGACAACAAAGAAGGCGAGAAACAGGCUACAGCGCUAGCGAAAGGACGACAAAUUCACUUGCAGCUCUCAAAGCACGGGUACGAAUCUGAUACAUUCGUCUCUAACUCUCUCGUGGAUAUGUAUGCAAAGUGUGGAAGCAUGACCGAGGCCCGUCAGGUUUUCGAAGGCAUGAAAAGCCAUACAGCGGUAUCAUGGAACGCGAUCAUCAUGGGCUACGCUCAAGCUGGCGAAGGCGAGCAGGCUCUAGAGCUCUUCUCACGCAUGAAAGAGAAGGGAUUCGUGCCUGAUGUUCCAACGUACGUCUCGGCACUCAAGGCUUGCAGCAGCCUGGCGGCUCUCGAGUCCGGAAGGAGAAUCCACGACGAGCUCAGCAGUGCUGGAUACGGAAAAGAUGACAUGGUGGUCAACUCGCUGAUCAGUCUCUACGGCAAGUGUGGCAGCCUGGUGGAAGCUCAGCAGGUGUUUGAUUCAACGUCCAAGCGGGAUUUGAUAAGCUGGAGCGCGUUGAUAGCAGGAUAUGGCUACCAGGGUGACACAAAGCAGGCUUUUGAUCUCUUCGAGAGGAUGCAAAACGAGGAACGCCUCCAGCCGGACGGUGUAACUUUCCUGUCGAUCCUCACGGCUUGCAGCCACGCCGGGCUCGUGGACAGAGGCAAGGAAUACUUCCAGGCGAUGUGCUCUGACUACGUGAUAACUCCCAGCAUCGAGCACUACACUUGCAUGGUCGACUUGCUGGGCCGGGCCAACCAUCUCGACGACGCGGUAGCGAUGGUGCGAGGCAUGCCUUACGAGCCAAACUCGACCGUGUGGAUGACGCUGCUGGGGGCUUGCCGGAAGUGGAAGAACGCAAAGAUUGGAAAGGUGGCGUUUGAGUCGCUGGUGAGGAUCGACGAGAAAGAUGGCGCGGCGUACGUUCUCAUGGCGGACACUUACGCGAGCCUCGGGUUGUGGGAGGAGAGCGCGAGAGUAAACGCGAUGAGGAGGAAUGCGAAGGCUUGGAAGAAGCAGGGACAGAGCUGGUGGGUCGAUCGUGCCGGGAAGAUCCACAGGUUUGGAGCUGGAGACUCGACGCAUCCACAGAUCGAGGAGAUUCGCGCGAGGAUGAGAGAAGUGGUGGCUCGGAUCAAGGAAGAAGGCUACGUUCCCGACGUGAGCAGUGUGCUGUAUAACAUCAGCGACGAGGACAAGGAGGCUGCGCUGUGUGGACACAGCGAGAAGCUGGCCAUCGGGUGUGCGCUCGUCAACUCGGCUCCAGGGACGAGCGUGAGGAUCGCCAAGAACUUGCGAGUUUGCGAGGAUUGUCACAAGGCCACGGAGGUUAUAUCGAGAGUGGAGCGGCGAGUGGUGGUGUGUAGAGACGCGAACAGGUUCCACGAGUUUAGAGAUGGCAAGUGCUCAUGUGGUGGAUUUUGGUGAGUGGAAAAAUGACAAGUUUUUUCACUCUUGUUCACCGUUAUGUGUUCUUCUAUUGUAGCCAAUGCAGUGCUCAAUGACAAAAAUGAGGAGUUAAUCAGAAUCCAAAUAUGUUCGAUUCCGAUUGACAAUCAACUCAAGAACAUCAAGUUGAGA